GUGUCGCUCUCGCCAACGGCUCCGGCCGAUGCGGAUGUUUUGCUUUCCAAACAGGUCGUGGCUGGGGGUGAUUGGAGCGUUUUGCGGAGCAUAUUUGCAGCACGUACGCAUUGAAAGAUGUACUCGAAGAUCUAAUUGACGUUAUCCGAACCCCCCUCCUCCCCAAAGAAAUUGCAAUCCAGGUCUGAGGAGCAGCGAGGCUCGGCGGUGAGCUCCAGCCUGCACUGCAGAUGAGAUGGAGUGAAGGGAAUGAAACCCUGGGUUCCGAAUGGCGGAAGCUGCAGCGUUUGACGUCUCCGUGCCUUAGAAUCGGCUGAAGGCGUGGAGGUUUUGUGUCGAAAUGAUAUACAUGCCAAUCUGCAAGGGGACCAAACAAUGAUCAAAUAAAGCUACACAUACACUGUCAUGCACCCGACGUAUACUGUAUCUUUAAAUAGCGUACAAGUGUGCGAACGCUUAAUGCAUCUUUUGGCAAGAAAUUGUGUCCUGCUGAGGGUUGAAAGGGGCCUUCGGUUGAUCAGGAAGAAGAUUACUUGGGUGAAAGAUCAUUCUCUCUUGUAGAGUGUAACAUAGAACUGUGAGAGAGAAGUCACCCGUUCAACACAGUUCUACGCGUUCAUGUUAAUUUACCCAAACAACCAGGAAAUGCAACGAACUCUUGAGAGAUUGGCUAAAAGAGCAUAGAAACAAAUGUGGAGCGUGUUGGCGAUAUCAAGACGAUACUUUCGGAAUGACAAGAUUGAAACAACAGAUUCGUACUUUACGGAAGACUUUAUAAAACUGGUUUAUGGUUUGGCAAUUUUGAAUAUCAGUGUGGUGAAAUUAAGCUUACAUUUGAAGAGUUACGCAAGGCUGAGUAAACAAGAAAUAUGUUAAACAGUAAUAACCUUUGAUCAACCCGUGUUUACACUGUCUACCUCGACAACGCGUUGCGAAGUACGGGUUGUUCCUCAUCUGGUAGAAAAGCAUUUAUAAAAUAACGCAAGUUGUUCAACUACAUUGCUUGGACUUCUUUUCAAAUAAAUUGUAUUUCACUGGAAUAUAUAUUCAAACUGAUACCACUGACCUACGACAAGAAGAUUUUGGCAACAGUUUUAUCUCGUGACUUUUUAAUAGGAAGACGUGUUUGGUAAACGAUUUGGGAUUUCCGCACAGUUCUGCCACUAGAUGCAUGUGACAGGAAAACGUCUAAUUUUCGUGUUUGCCAUUUAGUUUAAUGUUGCAUUUCAAGACGCUUUUCGAAGGAACUUUGUACACUUUUCGGAACAUUUAAAACAAUAUGCAAAUAUCACCAGUGCGUUUAUGUUUUUAACAGUGUUUUAAACACUCUUGGUAAAAAUGAAACUCAGCAGGCAAUUCACUAUAUUUGGAAGUGCCAUAUUCUGCGUGGUGAUCUUUUCCUUGUACUUAAUGCUCGACCAUGUCCAGUUCGAUCAGCCAAAGAAUGUCAGGAAAGAAACGACUUUUCCCAAGGGGCAACUUUCAAUUUUGCAUGAAAAAAUUGAUCACCUGGAACAUCUAUUAGCUGAAAACAACGAGAUAAUUUCAAAUAUCAGGGACUCGGUUAUUAGUUUGAGUAAAUCUGUGAAAGAUGGUCAAGGCAUUGAAGGCUCAAACUCAAGUCAAAGAUUAGGCUCUGAAUUCUUUGGAGCACCUUUAAUUAUUUCCAUUGAACCAGAAGAUUGUCAGUUUGCUUCAAAGGUUUACACAGAAGCGUCAAAAAUACAAAUGUUGGAUAUCUAUAAACUUCUACCUUUUGACAACCCAGAUGGUGGAGAUUGGAAACAGGGUUUUGACAUCACAUACAAUGAACAUGAGUGGGAUAAUGACCCAUUGCAGAUAUUUGUUGUGCCCCAUUCGCACAAUGAUCCUGGUUGGCUGAAAACAUUUGAUGAUUAUUAUAGAGAUCAGACUCAGCAUAUUCUGAACAACAUGGUAAUUAAGCUACAAGGAGAUGUUCGUAGGAAAUUUAUUUGGUCGGAGAUUUCGUACUUCUCAAAAUGGUGGAAUAACAUUGACGGACAGAAGAAAGAUGCUGUGAAAAGACUAUAUGAACAGGGUCAGUUUGAAAUAACAACAGGAGGCUGGGUCAUGACUGACGAGGCCAGUACACAUUACUAUGCAAUGAUUGACCAGCUGAUUGAAGGACAUCAGUGGCUUGAAAGGAACCUAGGAGUAAAACCAAGGUCAGGAUGGGCAAUUGAUCCAUUUGGCCACACGUCUACUAUGGCAUAUCUGUUAAAACAGACUGGUAUUUCCCACAUGCUAAUUCAGAGGGUUCACUAUUCUGUCAAGAAAUAUUUUGCAGCUCAAAAGAGCCUGGAAUUCUACUGGCGUCAGAACUGGGAUUCGAGUGACAGCACUGACAUCCUUUGCCAUAUGAUGCCAUUUUAUAGUUAUGAUGUUCCUCAUACUUGCGGGCCUGAUCCUAAAAUUUGCUGCCAAUUUGACUUCAAACGUCUUCCUGGAGGCAAAAUUAGCUGUCCUUGGAGAAUACCUCCAGUUGAAAUACACGAUGGCAAUGUUGAAGAAAGAGCCAAACUCCUCUUAGAUCAAUAUAGAAAAAAGUCCAAACUUUUCCGUACAAAAGUGGUCUUGGCUCCGCUGGGAGAUGAUUUUCGAUAUGAUCAAUUGUCAGAAUGGGAUCAACAAUUUCAAAAUUAUCAGAAGCUGUUUGAUUAUAUGAACUCUCACCCAGAGCUCCAUGUGAAGGCUCAAUUUGGCACAUUGUCAGAUUACUUUGAUGCCAUCCAUAAAGCUGCUGAAAAUUCACCAUCACCAUUUCCUGUCUUGAGUGGAGACUUUUUUACCUAUGCUGACAGAGAUGAUCAUUACUGGAGUGGAUAUUUCACCUCCCGACCCUUCUAUAAACGACUGGACAGAGUAUUAGAAUCAUAUUUGAGGGCUGCAGAAAUCCUUUACUCCUUGGCAUCGGCAGGUGCAAAUAAAUCCAAUAAAAUGACAGCGUUCCCUUCAUCUCAAGAUUAUAAACUGCUGGUAGAAGCAAGACGAAACCUUGGCCUAUUCCAACAUCAUGACGCGAUCACUGGAACUUCUAAAGAGUGGGUCGUGGUGGAUUAUGGGACCAGACUAUUUCAUUCCAUAAUGAACUUGAAAAGAGUGAUUGGUGACUCAGCACAUUUUCUGUCAUUAAAGGACAAGGAAAAUUACAAGCACAAUCCUUCAACACCCUUCUUCCAAAUGGUUGAUAGCCAAGCUGCACAAGACGCAUUACCUGAAAGAACAACUAUUGAAUUGAGCUUAACGCCCAGGUAUCUUGUGGUAUAUAAUCCAACAGACCAAGACCGUGUAUCCAUUGUAACGGUGCAAGUAAAUUCAUAUAAACUAAAUGUGCUAACAGCUUCAGGGCAGCAAGUGGAGGCUCAGGUUUCUGCAGUUUGGGACAAAUCCAACAGAAUUUCCAAUGAAGUAUUUCAGGUUUCAUUUCUGGCACAGAUAUCAGCCCUAGGAUUGGGGGUCUAUCAGUUAGUGAAAACUCAAGAUAUAAAAACCAAGCUGACAGAUUAUAUCAUGUACAUGAAUGGAAGAGAGGAAUUGACCGUAGGUGUUCCCUUCAAGAUCAGUGUGUUGGAAAGCUCUACUGAAGACAUUAUUAUUGAAAACACAAAUUUAAAAGCUUGGUUUUCAGGCUCGAAAGGAUUCUUGGAGAAAGUAUAUACCAAGGAGGAUGAAAGGGAGCAUCUUAUAAGUAUUCAGUUCUGGUGGUAUGGCACCACAAGCAAUCGGGAUAAGAGUGGUGCCUAUCUCUUCUUGCCGAAUGGAGAAGCUCAGCCAUACACUUCUUCAGAGCCUCCCAUUCUGAAAAUAACGCGUGGCCCACUUUUCUCAGAGGUAAUGUGCAUCUACCAGCACUUCACGCAUUUGGUGCGGCUCAGCAAUGUGUAUGGGAUUGAUGGCCUGUCACUGGAAGUCUCUAAUAUUGUUGAUAUUAGGCAAGAAAUAAACCGGGAAAUUGCUAUGAGGCUGAUUACAGAUGUAAAAAGCAACAAUCAGUUCUUCACUGACCUGAAUGAUUUCCAGAUGCAUCCAAGGCAGACUUUGAGCAAACUGCCUCUUCAAGCAAAUUUUUACCCUCUUACAACAACUGCCUACAUACAAGACAAUGAUGUUCGUUUGACCCUGCAUUCUGCUCAGUCAUUGGGAGUCGCUAGUCUGAGGAAUGGUCAACUGGAAGUCAUAAUGGAUCGCAGACUGAUGCAAGAUGACAAUCGUGGCCUAGGUCAAGGUCUUAAGGAUAAUAAAGUCACAGCCAAUUUAUUCAGAGUUUUAUUGGAAAAAAGAAUUGGAGUAAAUCUGGAUGAAGUGAAGGCAAUGAGUUAUCCAUCUUUGUUGAGCCACAAAACAUCAUCUUAUCUGAAUCAGCCAGUCAUUCCAAUGGUUGUGAACCUAAAUGUUGAUGAAAUUCCUCCACUCUUGAAUGUAUUCAGUCCUCUUUCAUCAUCUAUGCCAUGUGAUAUGCAAAUACUUAACCUUAGAACAAUAGAGGGAAAGGAUGAAUGGAAUCCAUCAGAUGAAGUAGCCCUGAUCAUCCACAGAAAGGGGUUUGAUUGUAGAUUUUUAAACAAAAACACUGGACUUUUUUGUUCUACUACACAAGGCAAGAUCCCUGUGCAGAAACUCUUUAGAGAAUUAAAAAUUCAACAUUUUACCCCGUCAACUUUGACUAUGAUGUACGUAAUACAAGAUCCAAAUAAUAGUACCGAAAUAGAAGUGAAUCCAAUGGAGAUAAGAACAUUCAAAAUUCAAUUAAGAUGAUGCUGUCAAUAGCUCUGAUUGCGGAACGAGCUGUAUUGAAGAACAUGCUGCGCACAUUGUUGAAAUGCAAUAACACUAAGCACAUUAAAGAUUAUGUAAAUUAUGUCAAUUCUACUGAUCCAACAAAGGCCAAUGAUAAAAUAAAUUUAAUUUAAUUAUGUGGAAAUAUGAAAUUAUAAAAGGUGAAAAAUCAUGCAACAUAAGAAAGGAACUGGGACCAAAAAAACUGCUUCUUACAGUAGUUUAAUUGUCUGUUUCAUGCAUAACUCAAUAAAAUAUUGUCAGCAUUUCAAUGAGUUAAAGAACCCCAGAAAGCAUUUGCAGGUAGUAUAAAAUGUACUCCAUUAAGCUUGACAUUAUUAAGUACAGUUUAGUUAUUGCAUUUAGCAUCUGGUCUGUAACAUUAAGAUACAGGUGCAACCUAAACUUUAAUGAUAUCUCUACACAAGAUAUUAUUUUCUUGUGAAAAUGUACUCUUUAUGAGUGAAAUAAAUGUUGAAAUGUUACGAUUUAUGAAGCAAGAAAUAAGGCAAAGAUAACAUUUUAAAUGAAACAAACAUUUUAGAUUAAACACUGGACUACAUUUUGAGGUGCAGAAUGAUUGAACUCUGCAGAUUACUGUCUCAUUACUUGACUAAAUGGGAUCAGUGCAAUGUUUCAACAGUCAGUUCUGAUGACAUUAAGCGUCUAUACCAACAGUUAAUAAAAUAUGUAAAAUAUAUGUUUUCUGCUAUUAAUAUAUCAGAACAGCUGUUUUUCUAUUUAAAAGUUGCCUCUGUGCCUUACACAGCUGACCACACUUUGCUGUACUUUUCACCUUGUCUCUGUUUUAUAAUCCAAUCUUAAAAACUUUGAUAUCUUAAUGUUAGAAUUUCAUGAAUAGAUCAACUAUAAGGACAUUUGAUUCACUAAAAAUGCAAAUGUUAUGCUUUUACUUAUUUGAAUAUAUAUCCUUUCCUUUAUCAUUUAAUAUCUUAAUACUACUGUAAACUGUCCUCUCAAGUCUCCAAGAAAGAAAAUAAUUAGUUUCAGAAUAUAUGGUCUCACAGUCAGUCUUGUAAUUCCAGGGAUCAGUUUUGUGGUUCCUCACUUAAUCAUGUUUUGAUCUUCAGUAUACUUAUGUAACCAAACUAAGAUUUAAAAGCUCAUCUCACUUAAUAGGGGAAACAAAACUUUAAAAUAAUAAUUAAUUAAUCUUUGUGUCAAUAAAUGCAUGAUGAAUUUUUACAUUUUUUUAUAUUCCAUUAUUCAAUGACAUUUUGAAUGUAGUCAUCUAACAAAAUAGGAUAUUUAAAAAAUGCUAUUGAUUAAUAUCAUAUUCUCAGUAUAGUGAAGGAUGUAUAAGAACAUUGAACACGGAAUUUAACUUAAAAGAUCUGCUAAGUUUUAAUUGUGUGGUUUUGUUGGAGGCAUUCCAUUUUGAUAUAUUGUCAAAUUACAUUGCCAUUAAUGUGCAUUCAAAUUAUUUAUCUAAUAAUCACAUAAACCUAUCACGUAUUAUUUGCACCGUGCAAACCAACAUGAUCCUUUCUGCUCCAAAUGGUGGUGUAAUAUAUUUACAUUUGUAUGUUGCUGUGACUACUUUUUGCCAACACCUGCUAAUGUCAGUAUGGUAUCAGUAAAAUGUGUUUUAUACUAAUACUAAACAAAAAAUCUUGUUUGUGUAAAUCAGUGUUUUUAUUGAAGUGCCAUAUUAAGAAGAAAAAAACAAUGCAUUUAUUAGGGCUUGAUACUAAUUUCCAGUACACUGACUUGUAUCAAAAUUCUGGAUAUUGCCAGAAUUCGCAAAUCAGUGAUUGAUGGCAAUCCAUCCACUAGUUGCAUCGUAAUUUUUCCAUAACCCCCUUCCCAAAGCAAGUCUGUACCCACAUAUAUACAGGUUAUGCAUGAGGCAGCCAUGACUUGUAUUUGGCCAAAAUUGUACUUUAAUGUGAUAUAUAUUUAAAAAUGUAUUAAAUAAAUGCAUCUCUUCAUUUAAUAUUUUAUUAUUGUUCAAUUAUGAAUAGCAAUUUUCAAAUAAAAUACCAUGUUUAGAGCACAUCAUUAUAUUUUAAAUGUAUGCUGUUGAAGCAGUCAGUGCAAAUUUACAUAAUUUCCUGCAAUUAAUAAAAUUAAUUAUUUUUAUACCAUCCAGCAAAAGCUCUAAACUACCAGUGUAAAUCAAAAAUGCCUAGAAUACCAUAGAAAUAUAAUUCUAGCAUUCAUUUUAUUUGUUAAAUGUAAUUAUAUUUUUGAAUACUUAUAAAUGACAUUAUUUUAAUUCUGGGGAAACGAUUCAUUAUAUACAAUUCUGGAAAGCAUUUUAUUUGAUCUGUGCAUAACUGAACAACUGUCGUAGGCGGAAUGGGUCUACAUUAAUAAAUCUGUAUCAUUUUUCUUAACUUGUUUUGCUGAAUAAAAGAGUCAAUGAUUGAUUACUAUAUUUUGUUUUUUUAAAUAUAUAAUAUUUUACAGGGAUUUGCUACUAUGUAUAUCUGAAAAAUAUUACCUUUCAAAUUACAGUUUUCUAAAAGGUGUAUGAUGAAUUUAUAUCAAUAAGAAUGCUUUGUUUUGAUGAGUUGUGCCUUCAAAUAGGCACAAGUGACAUUUAUUUUUCAAAUUGUCAAAAAGAUUUUACUGGGUGAUUGUGGAAUUGGAAAUUUUGCUGCUUUACAUUAUGUGUCUUAAGAGUCUGUCAGUUUAUAAUUUACAUUUUAAUAUCUUUCAAUUUACAACAAAAUGUUUUGAUAAUUUUUAAAUGUUUAUUUCAUUAUUUUCCCAUUUUUUCAGCAGAAACAUAUUGCAAGAAAAUAAACUGAAUAAACUGAA